CCUCAUCUUCACAAACGCUGUAUCUGAUACAACCAAGCCCAAGUACAACAACUUCUUUGGACAGUGCAACUUCGUCUGCUAUUCAAUCAUUUAUCAAUGACGCGUGUCAAAAAGCCAUUGAAAAGGUGGAAGAACGUAACAAGCUCAUAUUGCUCAGAGUUACGGAGGAAAUUCAAGGGCUGCGUAAAGAUGUUGGCGAAUUGCGGAAAGCGGUAUCUCAUAAUAACUCUACCAUUUUACCAACCAGACUGUUUAACACCGUUGAAGAUUUUCUUCAGUUUGAGAAAGCUGUUCAGGAAGAUAUAGAUAAAUUCUCCUUGCUGGUAAGAAACUAA